GGCGGAGCUGUUUGCGUCUCGGGGCUCCACGUGGGUGUCUCCCCGCCUGCCUGCCUUCCUUCCGCUCGGCCGCGAUGGGUAAAGCUCGCAAGAGGCAUAACUGGAAGGCGCGUCUGCCCGACACCUCCGGGCAGCGGGAUGGCUCAGUCCAGGAGACCGUGCAGCUGGAACUGGGCGAUGAAGCCACCUUGAAAGGGGUGGACGGAAGCAACGCCUUGGUCCUUCCAUCGCGAAAAACCAAACAGCCCAAAAAUGUGUCCGAGAAACACCCAGAAAAGAAGCCCCUGAGCAAGAAGAGGAAGAAACUUCUGCAGAAAGUUCUGGAGCAGAAGGAAAAAAAGGAACAGCGUGCUGAGUUGCUGAGAAAGCUGAGUGAAGUCCAAGCUCCUGAAUCUGAAAUGAAGCUGUUGUACACCACGUCUAAGCUGGGGAUGGGGAAGCGCAUGUUCCAGGAGAAGCGGACAAUCCAAGAAGUGAGCGCCGCCUAUCCGGAAAGGAUUAGGAGCGUCGGUGGUGCGAACAGGAAAAGGAGCAGACUUGAACCACAAGCUGAGGAGGAGGAAGGUUCAAGUGAGCAGUACACAGAGCCAGAAGACGAGAUGGAAAAAAAUUCCUCAGUGGUCCCAAACGUUGCUUCAGCGUCACUCCAGCAGCCAACAGAUGUCGUCACGGAAACACCCAGCACCGUGAAGGAGUGUGGUACAGUCUCCAAGUCCCCUUCGAGGCCUGCGGUCUUCGUUUCUGUGGACAGAGCUCCCGAGAUUCAGGAAGCCAGGCUGAGGCUCCCCAUCCUUGCUGAAGAGCAAGUCAUCAUGGAAGCCAUUAACGAGAACCCCGUGGUCAUUAUAUGUGGAGAAACCGGCAGCGGCAAAACAACUCAAGUGCCCCAAUUUCUUUAUGAAGCAGGAUAUGCCAGCUCCGAUGGCAUCAUUGGCAUCACCGAACCCCGGCGUGUUGCGGCUGUGUCCAUGUCCCAGCGUGUUGCGAAGGAGAUGAAUUUGUCACAUCGGGUGGUUUCGUACCAAAUCCGUUAUGAAGGGAACGUGACUGCCGACACCAGCCUCAAAUUCAUGACGGAUGGUGUGCUGUUAAAAGAAAUCCAGAAGGAUUUCUUGCUGUCCAAGUAUCAAGUUGUUAUUCUCGACGAAGCUCAUGAAAGAAGCGUGUACACGGAUAUCCUGAUUGGUCUCCUGUCUCGCAUCGUGCCCCUUCGGGCCAAGAAGGGGCAUCCGCUGAAGCUGAUUGUUAUGUCUGCCACUCUGCGCGUAGAAGACUUCACCACCAACACCAAACUGUUCCCUACGCCACCUCCAAUCAUACAGGUGGAUGCCCGGCAGUUUCCUGUAGCUGUUCACUUUAACAAGAGAACCCCGCUGGAUGACUACGCUGGGGAGUGUUUCCGGAAGGUUUGCAAAAUUCACCGAAUGUUACCCUCAGGAGGCAUUCUGGUGUUCCUCACGGGCCAGGCCGAAGUGCAUUCGCUCUGCAGGAGGCUGAGGAAGUCUUUUCCUUUUCACAGGAAUGUGCCUCAAGGUAGGGAAGACAAGGAGGAUUCGGUGGAAGAAACCAAGAAAUUUAAGAAAGCCAAAUGCAGCAAAAAAGUGACCCUGCCUAAAAUUGAUCUGGAUAACUACUCAGUCAUGCCGGUUGACGAAGGAGACGAGGAUAGAGAUGCCGGAGAUGAGGAUGACGAAGAUGCAGACGUUGCGGGUUCAGAUCUUGAUCUCGACUUGGGAGACAAUGGCUUGGAAGAUGAGAAACCAGACUCUUCCCUUCCACUGUACGUUCUUCCACUAUACUCCUUACUGGCGCCAGAAAAACAAGCUAAGGUUUUCAAGCCCCCUCCUCCUGGGACACGGUUGUGCGUCGUGGCCACCAACGUGGCGGAAACGUCUCUGACAAUUCCUGGCAUCAAGUACGUGGUGGACAGCGGGAAAGUCAAGAAGCGUUUCUAUGACAAAAUCACCGGGGUUUCAUCUUUCAAGGUCACCUGGACGUCUCAGGCUUCUGCCAACCAGCGGGCCGGCCGAGCAGGCCGCACAGAACCGGGCCACUGUUACAGGCUGUACUCUUCGGCCGUCUUCAGCGACUUCGAGAAGUUCAGCUCUCCAGAGAUCACCAGGCGACCUGUUGAAGAUUUAAUUUUGCAGAUGAAGGCACUCAAUAUUGAAAAGGUGGUCAACUUCCCUUUCCCAACACCCCCGCCGACGGACGCCCUCGUAGCGGCCGAGGAGUUGCUGAUCGCUCUGGGGGCCUUGCAAGAGCCCCCCAAAUCUGGAAGGCCGGGGAAACUCCAGGAGGCAAAGCUGAGCUGUCCCAUCACCCCCCUGGGGGCCACCAUGGCAUCGUUUCCGGUGGCGCCCCGUUACGCCAAGAUGCUUGCUCUCAGCAGGCAGCACGACUGCCUGCCCUACACCAUCACCUUAGUGUCCGCCUUGACCGUGCGUGAGAUCUUUGAAGAGUUUGACAGACCUGCCGUGAGCGAAGCAGAACAGGAGAUGCUCAAGGGGAAAAGGGCACGGGUGGUACAGAUGCAGCGGACCUGGGCCGGCCAGGGACCCUCUCAGAAAUUGGGAGACCUCAUGGUAAUGCUAGGAGCCACGGGUGCCUGUGAGUAUGUCGGAUGCACGCCCAACUUCUGCAGUGCGAACGGCCUGCGCUACAAAGCCAUGGUAGAAAUCAGGCGUUUGCGGGGACAGCUCACGACAGCAGUGAACUCUGUCUGCUCCGACGCCAACCUCUUCGUUGACCCCAAAAUGAAGCCCCCGACGGAGACCCAGGUGACCUACUUGCGGCAGAUAGUCUUGGCGGGGUUGGGAGACCACGUUGCCCGAAGGAUCCAAGCAGAGGAGCUCCUCAAUGAGAAGGCGAAAAACGGUUACAAGACUCCCCUUCUGGACGAUCCAGUCUUCAUCCACCCAAACUCCGUCCUCUUCAGACAGCUGCCGGAGUUCGUGGUCUAUCAGGAAAUCGUCGAGACCACAAAAAUGUACAUGAAAGGUGUUUCGGCAGUCGAGCCAGAAUGGAUUCCCCUUCUCUUGCCUCUGUACUGCCACUUUGAAAAGCCGCUGGAACAUCCGCCCCCCUCUUACUGUCCAGAAACGGGCAGUGUCAAAUGCCACAGGCCCAGCGCCUUCUAUCGAAUAGGGUGGCAGCUCCCUGCUGUGGAGGUGGAUUAUCCUGAAGGCAUUGAGCGCUACAAAUACUUUGCCAGGUUCCUCCUGGAAGGAAAGGUCUUCAAAAAGUUGCUGUCCUUCACUCACUGCCUGCUGUCUAAUCCUGUCAUAAUGCUGAAAACAUGGGCCAAACUCCAACCGAGGACAGAAUUCCUCCUGAAAGCUCUGGUGUCUGAGAAUGCCGAUAACCGGGAUGCUGUACUUGCUGCCUGGAAAAGGAACCCAAAAUAUUUGCUGUGGGAAUAUUGCCAGUGGAUCCCGGAAGCGGCGCAUGAAAAAGUUUCUAAAAUCUGGCCACCAGUAACACCAUGAACCUCCAUGCGAGUUAUCCUCUGCUGUCCCCCUCCACAAAAGUCUCUCCUAGAACUAUCUUAGCUGUGAAGACCCAACAGAAGAAGAGAUGUCCUUAUUUGCAAGGAAGCGACUUGCAUGUUCAUAGACAAGUAGUUAAUAUGCAUUUGCUUGCACAGGGUUCCUUGCAGUGCAUUUGCAUUGAUGAGCAGCUCGCAUGCAUUCUACUGGAGGGAACAGAUCCACAGGUGCAAAAGAGCUUUCCCACAGAUGCUGUCUUCCCCUGGCACAAAUGGGGAUAUUGUCAUGCAUUUGUUGGAGGCCUUUCAAAACCAUAUGUGACAUCGCCAGAUCAGUGAAAGUAUCUGUCGUGCACAAAGGUACUUUGGUGCAUAGCAAGUUUUAAAAAAUGAGAGGUCUGAGAUUUCAUUGUGAGUCAGGUGAGUCUUAACUCCAGGGUUUCAUGACAGUGGACAGAAGAAGAGAGGAACUAACUCUGCUGAGAAACAUGUUCUAAUAAGACAGAUCGGUCCAAAAUGUGACACAUCCUAAUCUGAAAGAGCAGCUUCAAGGUCACCUGCAAGCCUCGCUUUCAAGUUGGACACAGAGAUAAAGAUGUACUCCAAAACUUGAUUUCUAGAUCAUCCCAAGCAUUCCGUGGGCAGCAUUCAUGAUGGCUGUUUGUUGGAGAAUUUUCGGUGUUUUAAACUUGUGUUUGGUUCCCCCUCCCCUGCUUUGGAGAUAAAAAAAAGGUUUUGGACUGUAUUAGUCCGUUUGCAAAAAGGACAGAAAAUCCUUGAGUUUAUCAUGAUCUCCCUUUGAGGUUCGGCGCUGCUGUGAACUAGAGGCAGAAGAACGGAGAAUCCUUGUAACGUACAAAAAAAGACACAUUCUUUCCCCCACACUUAAAGACUAUUGCAUUUAUUUUCUGUUCAUUUGAUCUCUGCCAUGAUUUGUGGGUCCUGGAAUUGUGCGUUUUCCCUUUAGACAUGUAUAUAUUUAAAUAUAUAUAUAUUUUUGCAAUUUAAAUAAUGUUACUAAAAAUGCAUUUUUCAGAGAUUCAGUUAUGGAUGAGAAACCUUUUUUUUUUUAAAGACACUUAUUAAAUGUUGUGAGGCUUUCCCUAUGCACUUCCUUCCCUAAAGAGUGUUGGAAUUUAGGAGCUGUACACUAGGGCCAGUAGCAUAGCCUCUUUCUUACCAGAUCAUCAGUGGACAAGAGAGGGGUUGAAAUAGCCAGGUUUUAGCUGGCUAAACGGCUUCAAGCAAGUGAAAUAUCCCUUACGGAAAGGGGUCCUUUCAAAGCAGAUGUGGUCAUUUGUGGCGACAACUCUCUUGUAAUUGGAAGGGGGCUUCCUUAUGUACAGGAAUACAUCCCUAUUGACUAGAGCUGGUGGACCUCCUGAGGGCACCUGUGUAAGUUCACCGUGUAUAACAUGUUCAUAACCUGAUUUUUUUUUUAUCAUAACACUGCUAUUUUCUGAAAU